UUGUAUUAGACGCUGUUUGUCUGUCUGCCUUUCAGUGUCAUGGCUCCUCGCCGCAGCUGCGUUCUACUGAACCUCUUCUUCAAUGUGCAUCUUCAAGAGUCGUCUUGGUGCAUGCGGAUUGCACUGGUACACCAGCCAAUCCCUGUAAAAUCACCGCGGAGAAUUUAUGUGUGGGCUGUGUUACACCCGGCGGCUCCGUACCGAACCCUAAAGACUGCGCCAGUUUCUACUAUUGCCUGAGUGAGACCGAGAUGGUCAAGGACCCCCUUUCCUGCCCAGACGGUCAGAUAUUCGAUAAGGCUACGCUGAAGUGCAUACCGGACGAUGGCUCAUGCACGCCAUUCUGUAAUGAGCCAGGCGGUGGAGGGGAUUGCCUUUAUUCUUGUGUAUGGAAUCACGGCAGUGCGAUAUCCGAUCCCUUUGACUGCAGCGUGUACCACCUGUAGUGUUAUGUCUCCAGUGAGGGUAAGUGAUAUAUAAACUCCAGGAUGGUGGUGGUGAACAAAAGAGCUAUAUAUUCACAACUGUAACACAAAUACACACGUUUUAACAAUAACGUCCCAACACAAACGAGGAAUGGGUAACACAAUACAACACAAAUUAUUAAACACAAAUAUAAGAGACUCUUACAAUCGCUGGUGACAGUGUAGAGGAAGGGGCAGGGACGGUGCGGUGGCAAGCAAGGUAGCUUGGUGUAGCGGCACCCUUAACCCUGGUGUGGGUGUGUGGUGGCGGUCGCCGCUGUCGAGUGCGCCAAACUGCCGUGCUGGAGGUGCGAGACCACCUACCCUUCCUUCCACGCCCCCCAACGAUUGUUAAACACUAACCCCUUGGUAACAGGUAAAAAGUAACAAUUAUAAUACCACCAAUGUACCGGUACAGAGCCUGGGCCAGCUAUGACGUGUCCUGCUGAUGCACCGUACUUUGAUGGGGAGAAGUGUGGUGUGGAUGAGACUGCUUGCUGCCACUGCCGUCCCUACUGCUACGCUGAUGACCUGAACAAGAAGGUAGAGGACCCCACAGACUGCCGGAAGUACUUCUUCUGUUUAAGAGUAGAUGAAGUGGCGACCUUCCAAAGUAGAUGUGAAGAUGGUGAACACUUUGACUCCCACCAGAGGCAGUGUAGCAGCACGGCGCCGUGCGCCACGCUGUGCAGGAACGUGGUGGACGAGAACGGCUGCAUCGACCCGUACACGUGCCAGGAGACAGGCUUCUUCCCCAAAUGCAAGACACAGUGCCUGAGGGAAUACUACCACUGUGUGGAUGUCAAUGACGACUACGCCUCGACGGAGACGUGCUCCGAUGACCUUGUCUUCAACCCUGACACUCUGCAGUGCACAAAGAGUGAGUCCGUACAGUCACCAGUACGUGCCUCUUGGACCUGUACCCGCCUAGCUGCUGCGGCGCCACCUGCCUCAAUAAACAGUGUUUUAUUCAUCCUUGCUAUUUAUAUAAGAGGGUCACUGUCCAAGGAGAAAAUCCAAACAAAACUUAUUUUCACUUCCCAUGAGAUGUUAUGCAGAUAUACAGGUAAAAGGAAGGAAGAAAACAUGCUAAGAACUCGUGUCUUGAAACCUCCUUUGCGGAUGAGUUAAGCUGCAUAGAUGGAAAUACAGAAGUAGGCAGAGAGUUCCAGAGAUUACCAGGGAAAAGGGUGAAUAAUUGAGAGUACUGGUUAACUCUUGCAUUAGAGAUGUUGACAGAAUAGUGGUGAGA